CUGAAUAACGGCAACAUUGCUAAUUCGCGUCCAUCUUUACUUCGAUGUGUUUCAUUAUUGUUGUUUUACGUAAAUUAUUACAAAAAUAUUAUUAUUCUUCCAUUUCAUCAGAUAUCUAACAAAGAUUUUUUCACUGAAAUUUUAGCAAGACCUCAUUCUAGCAAAUAUUAACUUGUUUGCAGAUGAAGUGUGGGAAUGGAUAGAUUGAACCAGUUGCGCGGCGGCGGCGCAGGCGGCUCGCGGGACUCGUCGCUGGACGUCUCCGGGGCCGGCGACUCCUUCCUCACGGCCAACGACACGCCCUCCAAGUACUACUCUCUCUCGGAAGACGACUCCUUUGACAACGACAUCAGCAAAGACGUGUCACUGGCGACGACCAGCGCGGAGUCUACUCUCAACGCUUCCGACUGCUUCCCCAAUCUGUCUCCAAUUGGAAAAAUAGACUAUAAGAUUGGUAAACAAAUUGAGGCCGCUAACAUUCUGUCCGGUGGAGUCAACAUAUUUGAUGAUAAUGAUAACUCGUAUGAUGGCAAUGAACUUGUAAUAGAUGACAAUGUUGAAAUUGAUAAACCUCCCAACUUGAAGUCUCCUGCAAGUUCUGGUAUGCCGCUUGAUGAUGUUGAGAAAGCUUCUACUUCCAAGGUGGAAAGUUCUAGUACAUUAAAAGGUGAUGAUGGAUCUGAAAGUAACCAGAAAUUAAAGCUACUUGAAAGUUCCAGUCUUCCUUUGCAAGGGAACAAUGAAUUAAGUAAGCAAACAAGUUUAAAGCUACCAGCUGAAAUUUCCGUAGACAAGGUUGACGGGCAACCAGUGGAGAUUGUCCAACAGGUGGCAGACGAGCCUCCAGUCAAUGCCGUACCAUUAAACCAAGGUAAUCUGUUAGACCAUGCCCUUCUUGAAGACGCAGAGGCAAAUAUUCCAAUUAAUGGCGAAGAACAAUUAGAAAUUGCGCAUCUUCCUUUAGAAAAUGAGGCAGACCAGAUUGCCAAUCUUGACAAUGAAGCAGAGAUAGCAGAGGCCAAUCUGCCUAAUGAUAAUGGCGAGGCGAAUCUCCCAAAUGACAACAGUGAAGAAAAUAUACCAGAUAAUAAUGCAGAAGAAGACAGGACGGAGGUUGUUCUGCAAAUUGACGGGAACAAUGUGGCGGCUAUAAGCAUUGGGACUGGGCUGUAUUUGUACCGGAAGGAGGGUCAGGAUGAGCUGGCUGCGGUGCAGAUAGUCAAGGAACCGCAGGAGGAGGAGCCUAGCUUCAAAUUUCUUAAAGUCCGAGAAAACGCCGAAGGCAAUUUAGAAGUUUACGAAGAAAUACAAGAAGUAGUCGUAGUGCCCCAAGAGACGCCUAUUAGAGAAAGACCAGCACCAGCUGCCCCAAGCACGUCAAAAGACGACAACAAGCCGGUUGUUUGUGAACCAAGCACAAGCAAAGAAGCUGAAAAGAAGGAUACCACACCAGACAAGGAUGCUCCUGUUGCAUCCACUUCUAAACAAGACACGGAGCCUAAAGAACCACAAGCUGAUAGAACAGAACGAAACGUAAACGGGAAAAUGGUCAAAUUUAGUGAGUCAAGGAAGUCACCCCUUAUGGUCCAUUCCACUCCUAACAAGGAAGGAAUUCCCUUAACUAAAACUAUGGUAGACCAGCAACUACAUCCUAAUAGACAUUCAGACAACAUCAAGAAGACUAUAGAAGUCCACACAGACAAUUGCAAACAAAAAAUUUUGGAAUCACCCUCAACAUCCAAAAACAAGGAUGUUGCUAGUCCUGAUAAAACAACUGACGAAACACCAGCUGUUGACAAACCAGGUGAUAAGGACAGUCCUGACAAAAAGCAGGGCAGUGUAGUGACAAAGGAAAUAGAGUCUGAUGUAAUUGAGAAGAAAACAGAUGAAAUCCCUAGCAGUUCUAAUGCCAAACCUAGUGAUAAAGUAGAGGUUGCGAAACUAAAUGAAGAUGAAGCGAAAGUUUUGAUGAUAGGAAAACUAAUGGAAUCAGUUAAAGUACCAAUGGCUAAGGAGAAGGAAAAAAUUAAAAAAGAUGAACCUGAAGACAAUUCAAAGAAACCAAAUGCUGCUCCAAGUACAAGUAGGGUUGAAAUUCCAACCACAAGUGUUAGUAAGGGUAAUAAAACUGAAGAAAAACAACCUUUAACACCCAAGCAACCAUUACCAACUACACAUACAGAUGCAAAAGAAAAAGAAAUAUCUAGCGUACCUAUGGAAAUUGAUAAUGCAAUAGUUAAAACAUCCAUAAAUGAUAAACCAGAAGUCAAACCUGUGUCACCUACAGAAAUCAUUGAAUCAGAUGACAUGGAGGUCGAUGAAGAUGUAUUAGUUAUAGAAGAGCAAAUUAUUGAAAUCCAACCUGAAAAAUGUGAAUCACAGAAACGAGAAGUAGAAACGGUAGCGCCGGCCGUUGAAAUAAAAUCAACAAUUAUUGGUAAUCAAAUGAAGAACGUUUUGGAAACAGGAGAAAUUAAACCUACAACUUCCAUCACAAACAAAGCAAGUGUUGCUGAAACUCUUCAGACGGGCAACUCGAGCUCGAUAAAUGCUACUGCCAUAAAUAUCACGUCAGAUCAUAAUAUCGGCAAGUUUAAACGUGAUAAAAUAGAUACAACAUUAGGAACAUCCGUGAAAGAUCUUAAGAGUAACACCAUCAAAACUAAUAAGCCUACAACUGAAAAUAAGCCUGGAACUGAAAUAAAAACAAAUAGUUUUGGUAAAAUCGAAGUUAAAGGCGCAAAUCAUAAAGAUACUCAAUUAAACCAUAAUAUUAAAAUAAUAAAAAACGAAUUAAUAAAAGGAACUACGCUUCCUAGAGACCAAAUAAAUCAAAAUGUAGAAAAAACGUCAAAUGUGAAGGAAUCAGUUGAAAUUAAAUCUAUUGCUAAGAAUUUCACUGAAACGAAAUCAGCUGCCCUAGAUCCUUCGAUCUCAACAGCUAAAGUAAAUCGUUUAAUCGUCAAUAAUAUACAUUAUAAACCAGAGAAUUUAUUUUCCAAAUUGGAAUCAACAGACAAGAAAUUAGAGAAGAAAGAAGCAUUAUCAAUCGCGAAUACUAAAGAUGUAAAAACCACGCCAUUAUUAGCUAGUAAAGAGCAGUCGGAAAGCAGGUUACCAAUCCAAAAUACUCAAAGUUUAAUCAAACCACAAAUAAAGUCAGAUAUCAAACCCCCAAUUAUAAAUAUUGCUGAAGCCAAAAGGGAAAUUAACCAUAAAUUAACAAAUGCAGUUGACUCAAAACCAAAGUCCAUUAAUAAUAAUCAUGCGCCAGUUCCCUUCGGCAAGUGGACUGAAGCUAAUCGCCAAGACUUUUUAAAUAAAAUCAAAGAAUCAAAGCCAGUCAACAUAUCUAAUGCAAACCAGAUUAAGCAGCCCAAUGAUUUAAAUAGAAGAGAUGUCCUAAAGAAGAUCGAUAGUCAAAGGCAAACCUAUAAUGCGAAUGUGAAAAUUCAAGAGUCACUAAAUAAAGGAAAUGUGAAAGCUGAAGCGUUUGCGAGCAAAACGGCCCCUGCUACUUUAACUAAGAUCGAAGCUAAAGUUUCUGUGAAACCUGAGGCUCCUGUUGUAAAACCUAAACCAAUUGUUGAAAAGAAACCUGAGCAAGAACCACAAAAGCUUCAGUCAGAGCACGUAGUCGCAGCUGCUGCAUCUAGUACUACUAAAAAGGAACAAAGAAAGGAAAUCAAUAAUCAGCACCUAAUUGAUAAAACAAUUGAAGGUAUUAUCAAUAGGGCGGUAACCGGAAAAAGCCCAGAACCUAUUAUGCCGACUGUCACAGAAAAACCAAUAAUUGAGAAAGUUGAUAAAAAGCCUGAAUCAAUAACUAACGUUCAGCCUACUCUCUUGGACGCUAUUGAAAUGAAGAUGAACGAAUUACACGGAAUACCCUUCGUGGAGAGGCCGCCACACGAAUUGCCGCGGCCAUACCUCACAGAGUCUAAAGUUGUAUCCAAAUCUGAAGCCCAGAGUAUACCGCCGAAGGUUACCAAGAUUCCCAAUCUGCUACCUCUGCCUAAAUCUCAGCAGAAACUGAACGAGGGGGACGUUAUAAAUCUAGAAAUUAAAGAAAAGUCCUCGAUUUCGUCUAAAGGCUCGUCUAAAACGGCAGAAAAGUCGGUCGCGAUACCGACCCAAGAAGCUAACACGAGUAAAGACAAAAUAAUAACCGAAAAGGAAUUCGACAAGUUUGCGAGACGCAAUUCGGUCACCUAUGAAGAUCGUUUAACCAUCACUGAGUCUCACCAAGUCAUCCAAACGGUCGUGCCGAGGGAGGUGCCACCGAAAAAGAUUUCACGAAACGAACAAAUGCUUGCUGAAGCCAAAGCUAAGUCACCACACAAGCAUCUACCGGUUAAGCAGUAUCAUCCGAGCAAAGCCGCGAGCAAGUAUAUUCCCGUGGAAACUAAUAAGCAGUACCAAUCGAAGCUUCAACUGGCGUAUCAGACGGCGAUAUCGGUGAGCGCCAAACGACGUAUUGACAGCCCGAUCACUAUCAUAGAAGACAAGCCGGUCAAAGUUGUGUACUUAGAUUCAAACGUUUCGGAAUUUAAUAGUACUCAAUUGAACGUUCAAGGCCGGGACUUAUCACCGGCCAAGCGGGCGCCAGAACCUGACGCAGUCACCGUCGGAACUGGAGAUUCUCUCGACUCAGACAUGCUUGAUGCUAUAGACGAAAGGCAGGAGGAAGUCAAAACCAAGAGCAAACAUCAACGCAAACAGGUGCUCACCCCUGUAGAAACCCCCGACUUAGAGUUGAUCGAGCCUAGUGACCUGGGUAUAGAGGUCUCACCUAAAAAGAAGCGGAAAACUGAGGAUAAGCCGGAGAGGAAGCAGAAUGUCGUUCCGAAGAAAUCGUACUUGCUCGGGAGGAGCGUCGAUGAGCCUACAGAGAUCCGACCGAAUCCCAUGCCUCCUGUUCUCCAUACUGACGCGGUUUCGGCUAUAGACAGCCUCGUGAAGGCGGCUGAGCUGCUCGAUCAGUCGGAGACCUUGAACGCUAGUGUUCAGAGCGUGGACAGUUCACAGAGUACACCCGUCAAACGCGGCCGCGGAAGGCCGAGGAAAAAUCCUCUACCCGAUGCCGCGGGAGAAACUACAGUCAGUCCCCAGAAAAAACCGAGACUCAUCGACGCCAAAGUCUCUAAACAUAUCAGCAGCUCCGACGAUUCUAGCGACGACGAUUCCAUGAUCAAAGAAAACUGGACGAUGGGAAAGAUUAACGAAAAGAUCGUCUGCCCCAUCUGCAACAAGCUGUUCAGGUCGGAAAAUGUCGUGUUCAAACAUGUAAAGCACUGCACCGGGCCGUCCCCGAGCCGAUCCGAUUCCGAGAAACGCAGUCCGCGCCGCUCGCGGCUGUCACGCGAGAGCGAGACAAAAUCGCGAGACAGCGAACCCAAAUCGCGAGGUUCGAGACACGAUGCCGAUGAACUGGAUCACUCUCCGGUCAGAAAAACUCCCAGUAAAAGAAAGUCGAAAGACUCAGGCAAAUCGUCUUCGAGCGACGACGUCAUUCCGAUCGAAACUGACGCUAAAGAUGAUGAGCCUAAAAAGACUGAACCCCGAAAGACCAUCAAGCCCAAACUCAACCCAAGGGCUAGUAGUCUCGUUUGUGAAAUUUGCAACAAGAGCUUCAGACAGCUUUCCUACCUGGUCAGCCAUAAGCUGCAGCAUAAAAAAGAAGAUAAAAAAUCGACCAACGAACCCCAGCCUACAGAAAAAUCAGUUUUCAGCUGUGAGACGUGCAAGAAAGAAUUCAGGAAACUACAUCAUUUGGUGCAACACAGGCUGAUCCACAACCCGGUGCAGUCGAGGGCGCUAAGGAAGACAUCUUCUGAACAGAAGGAGCUUCCCAAAAACCUUGAGGCUUCAAAACUAGAUGACCAGAGUGCAGGUUUCCGCUGCGAACCCUGCGACAAGUCGUUUAGGAAGCUACACCAUCUCGUGGAGCACAGAGAAACCCAUGAUGGCAUUAACCGGCAGAGAUCCAACUCCAUAACCCAGGAAAAGGAGAAAGAGAAGCCGACGCCACCGCCGCAGUGCGAUAUUUGCAAGAAAACCUUUAGAAAACUCCACCAUCUGAUCGAACACAAAGAGCAACAUCUAGAGACCAGCUCUGAGAAAUCCGAUGAUCAAAAGAGCGUAAAAAGUGCGUUGUCUACUAAAGACAUUAUCCACGAAUGCAAUUUGUGCUACAUGGUGUUCCCUAACGAGCAUUCUCUGAAUAAACACACGGUCAUUUGUCUGAGGAAAAAGAGACAAUCGGCAGCCAAAAAAGCAGCGGCCCUAGAAGAAAAAAAUGCUGAAGAAAGUGCUAAGGCAGAACUGUCAGAUGAAAGUAAAGUAGAAUUUGACAAAGAGCCACCGCCAGUAGAGACAAAAGCUGUUGAAGAUAAAGUGGUUAAACCUCCUGAAAAACCAAUUGAUCUUCCAAAGGAAGUACCUCAGGUAAAGGAAGAUCCUCCUAAACCGGCAAUAGUACCAACAGUCGAGAAAGUAGAAAAACAGAUCGAGCCUAAAGUAGUUGAAAAGAAAGCACCGCCAGCAGAAAAUCCUACUCCCAAAGUUGCAAAGUCGGUAGAAACUCCAGCUAAAGUCAAACAAGUAGAAGAGAUCAUAGUUAUCGAAGACACGCCUAAGAAGAAAACUCCAAUUAAAGAAAAAGUGGCGCCAAGUGUGACGAAGCGUCAGAAAGUCGCUCCGCCGACUGACGAGCGAACCGCGCCUUCCAGCGACGACGAUGAGAUCCGUUACAUGUUCAACCCUGACUUCAAAGUCGCAGAGACGACCGAAAGCAAAACCUUCACGAAAAUCCGCGCUAAAAAGCGCAAUUCCUUACAAUUCGAGAAACCACAUAAAGACGUAGUCAGAAGACGAUCGUUACUCCAGCAUCCGCCUAAAAUCCCGCGUCUCCGCGCCAAAUCUGACGACGUUCCCUCGCCUUCCAAACCGGUGGUCAAACCCAAAAUAGAAGUCGAAGUGCCUUCAACCGACUCGGAUGACAGCGACGUGAAGUAUUCCUUCCCGAAGACUGUUCCGGAAAAACCGGAGAAGCAAGAGGUUCCGGCGGAAGAUACGAAACGGAGGAAGACGAUGGCGGAGAAGAGAAAGUCUCUCAGUGCGAUAGCGAAGCGAAAGUCGUUAGGGAAGGCCAUCGUCAAGACGGCUAAACCUUCGCCUGCGAAACCGAUCAAACGACGAACAGCAGCGGCCGAGCACCGCUGCGACUGCGGCCAACUAUUCAGUAGCGCCGCCCUGCUCGCACGGCACGCCUCUCUCGCUCACACACCCCCACGCGUGCGUCGACCACGCGACAUCGACACAGCGCCAACGAACCGCAAGUCGAGUGCCGAGCAGCCGAGGAAAAGUGUCGACCAGGUAAAAAAAAGUGUUAAGAAUGUUGAGAAACCGAAAAAAAGUGUCGCUGUCGCCGAGCAAUCACGGAAAAGUGUUGAUCAGGUAAAAAAAAGUGGGAAAGACGCCAGUAGUGUCGAGCAACCGCGGAAAAGUGUCGAGCAACCGCGGAAAAGUGUCGAUCAGGUAAAAAAGAGUGGGAAAGAAGUUAGUGUCGACCAAAAGAAAGUAGUCAGUGGUAAGGACAGUGUUCGGAAAUCAGUGAAGAAGACAGCUAGUGCGAGGGGCCGUGUACACACCGGCAUACCGUUGCCCGAUAAGCGUCCGUCGAGGAAAUAGAGCUCUUGUAACUACACAUUUUAUGGGACCCAUGUUCGUUCAGUGAGUACUUUACAUUCUAGCUAAAAUUACUCACUGCUUGGGUGUUUUAAGCGGCCUAAAAUAGAAACUUGGAACAUUUGAUUUAACUCUUUGACCACCAAAGGCUGCAACCAAAUAUCAACUUUCGUGGAUUCCCAUAAGGUUCACGAUGGCGCGCCGCCCACGACAGGCGUGGUGUUCAAAGUGUUAAAGUUGUAGACACCACUAUUUUUUUUGAGUCUUUUAUGUUAUUUCUACUCAGAAUGACGAGCUCUUUUGACUCUCACAGGAGAUAAAAAAGUCCCUUUUUCCAUUCCGUUACUAUUUUUCAUAGACUUUGUAUAACGGUAACAGAAUUAAAGGAACGAAAACUGUAUGGAAUUUUUGGGACACUGGUUCUUCGAAAGGUCCGUAAUUCAGAGUAGAACCAACAUAUAAAAUUCUAAAUCCAAUAACAAGGGUGUAAAAUGUAUAAAAUGGCCCACUAACUACAUUCAUUAGGAGCCCAUAAGACGUGUAGUACGGAAUUAAGGUUUAGUUGUAAGGGGUCUCCGCUUUACGCAAGGGUUCACUGUCGAUUUGAAAGAAGCCUAUUUCAGAAAACUUAGUCAAUAUUCGAUGUUGGCAACUGUCAAAGGUUUGCAUAGAUGGCGCCAUCAUAGCUUGCCCCUUUUUCUAUGAGAUUUGGGUUUAACCCUGCUGCAUCCAAGGCAUAAUGCCUAAUAAAAACAAAAAUUUGACACAAUUCUAGGAAUUGACAGGGCAAGCUAUGCUGGCGCCAUCUGCUAAAUACUUCGACCGACUUACAUUGAGGAAAUCUGGUCAGCAAACUUGCCAACCAAUUUCUAACCACAAAAAAUGAAUUAAUUAAUUCAUUUUAAAAGUUAAUUAUGAGUUUUCUACUCGACCAAUCCGAAAAUUAUGGACCAACGUAUUUUAUUAUGAAAUGAAAUUUGAGAGUUUUUGCUAAAAAAUAAUCAUUUAUUUGCAUCACACCUCACAGAGAUAUAUGCAAAACGAGUGUGAAGUCAUUCAAGAUCUUAAGAAAAAUUUUGACGCGACAUCUAUCUUACAUCCAUGCCCUAAUGGAACAGGUGAGAGAUCGAACUGAAAUACAGAAUUUUCAUUUCUGCAGUGGACACCCUUUUAGUGCCUGAGCGUGGCCCCAGACUGAUUGGGCUCCCCGUAUAGCUGUAAGCAGUCGGAAGCUAGUUGGAACGCGAACCGGUUCACAGAUAAGAAAAACCGGUUUUUCUGAACCUAUAACCGGUUCGCAGCUAGGACGCGCCACGCGCUCACAAUAAUGUAACGCACGGACCACUGUAUAGAAAUAUUUUGUUAUUGUGGGCCGUCGUGUCUGAGUGUUUAUAUUGUACAUUUAAUAUUAAGAUAUAUAAGUAUAUUUUGUCAAUUUGAAUUGUUGUAGUGUAAGAAUAACUAAUGUAUGUUGUUUAUGUUGUUCGGUAGGAGACUUGAUUUCAGUUCAGACAUAUGAUCCGUUGUGCAAUCUCUAUUGACAGUACUGUAUUAUAAAUGCAAAGUACUGUUUAAGUUUGAAAUUAUUUAAGAUGAAGGAGUUUGGCAAAUAAUCCACGCUAACAUCGACCCUAUUUCCUAGAUAAGAAAGUUGAAAUUGUAAAUUAUGUUCAUCUUAAAUAAUUCCAAUUAUCCAUGUCUGUUUUAACACAUAGAGUGUAGAAUGAAGAUAUAUUUAACGAAUAGGAUUUAAGUUGCAGAGCCAAAUGACCAUUUUGGGUUGUUCAAGUGGCUGGAUUAAGUUCUCAUUAUAUAAUAAAUGUGGAAAUACCUCUUCUUGUAAGUUUCCCAACCAUGCAAGUGGUAAGCGUAAAUCGAAUAAUUGAAUAUUUUUUUGCGAUUAUAUUUUUUAAUUAGUUUUGUUGGCGGUUAGGGUAAAGUGCCCUAACAUCGGCCACCCCUUUUGAUAAUUACUACUGGUUAAUGUUAGAAGGGGGGGGGGGGGCGACCAGACUUUAGGGCAGUAUACCCUGCUGCUAGAAUCAUAAUCAUUUGAUUAUAUUGAAUCACUUUACUUUUUUAAGAAGUCAGUGAAACAAUACGGUUUUAUUAACGUUGUUUCUAUAAUAACUUUAUAUUCUUAACACAAAGGUAGCAAAAUUAAUUUAAUUGGGAAUAUUGUAUUGGAAUAAAAUUAAAUUAACGGCACUUUUGUGUGGAUACACAGACAUUGUUCAUUCAGUGAAACUGAACUGUAUGCAAAAGGUUGAUUUUAGCCUUUUAGGGUGAUUCGUAAAUUCUAAUAUUUUUUUAAUUUGAAAUGUCUGUUCACCCUUCAACUGGCUUCCAGUAGGUAGUUGACAUGAAUUAUUUAGUGCUUUUUUGAUAUUUUGGAAUCAUAUACGAUAUAAGUAAUGUAUAAAUGAACUAUAAACAACUAAGUAUAGAUGAUUGUAAUAACAAAUGUUUAUAGUUAUAUUAUAUGUAAUAAAUGAAUUUCGAGGAAACCUCAAUUUGGAAUACAUUUAUAUUUGACAAAUUAGGAAAAAAAUAGAUAUUUUUGGAAUCAGUAAACAAUAAAAAAUCGAGUAUUAAACAAUUUUUAAAUUUGAACAUAGCUAAGUAGGACCAAAAUUAAUGUAUGUAGUUUUAUUUCCAAAAUAUUUGUUGUGCCCCCUAACUGUAAACUAUAACUUAAUGUCAAAUUCUACAAUAAAACUUAGAUGUCCCGUGAGAUUUAUGUUUUAGGAGCAUUUAACGUAAAUUUUAUAUAUUAUGUAGAUAUCAUUAUUUUUAAUAUGAUAAUGCAAAGUUUUGGUUAAUGGGUUAUAAAUAAAUUGUCAGAAAAAAUAGUUCAUUUGUUUAUUUUCAAUGGAAUAUAUAAUUAUACCAUAUUAUGUUUAUAAUUUGUAGUAAGACAAUAAAUAAUAUCUAAUUCCGUUC